AGAGCAGACAAGACGAUUACUUUCCUCCCCGUUCCCACUACGAUAGAACAGGUUAGAUUUUUUUAAGUUUCGUCCUAGAAAAUAUCACAGUCUAUGAAGAAUAUGGAUUCAGGCCCCAAACCUUUCUGACUCAACAGUGAGGUGAAGAGGAUGCAAACAAGAAUUGGCUCAAAAUCGCCAAAUAGAUUUGGCAGUCGCCUAAACAUUUCAUAAAAAUCAACACACUAACCAAGUACCCUCAACCACCAAGCUAGCAGAUCUCUCAUUUCAAAACCAAUCACGUUUGGUUACCAAACUACUGACAUCUGGGCACGAAAUCCGGCUUUCAUUAACUUAAGACCGAGAAACAAGCCCCGAGGUUAACUGAAUCGCCGGGAGUGCGGAACCGGCGCAUCCCUCCCGGGGAGGCCAGUCUGGUUCCACAAGGGAGGGCAGGACAAGGAGGAAGGCUUCGCCGCCGGGGGCUGAGCGCUCUUUCCCUCUAGUGUCCUUAGCUGCCCCCGUUCCCAGCACCCGCCGUUCAUUUGCCGCCUUCCAACGCGUGACCCCGGCGCGCUCGCGUCCUGAGCCGGUGACAGGCGCGGGGUGCGCCGAGAGGUCCCAUGUGCCCCCUCCCUCUCCUGGCUGCCGCAGUCGCCGCGUCCCGAAUCCCGCUCCGGCUCCUUGGCAGAGGACUUGCGACCGCCGCCGCCAUGUCUGCCGCCGGGCGACUCAAAACCGUGGACUACGAAGUGUUCGGGAGAGUGCAGGGUGUUUGCUUCAGAAUGUACACAGAAGGUGAGGCUAAGAAAAUAGGAGUGGUUGGCUGGGUGAAGAAUACCAGCAAAGGCACUGUGACAGGCCAAGUGCAAGGCCCCGAAGAGAAAGUCGAUUCCAUGAUGUCCUGGCUGUGCAAAGUUGGAAGUCCUAGCUCUCGCAUUGACCGCACGAACUUUUCUAAUGAAAAAUUCAUUUCUAAGCUUGACUACUCAGAUUUUAGUAUUCGAUACUAAUAGAAGAGAAAUAAAAAUUUUAAUGCUUAUAAUGCACAACACUAGAUAUUCUUAAGUCUGUAUUAGAAUAUUAAUAGAGUGAGUUCAAAAAGGAACUUUCUGUUCUGAAAGUUACAACAGAAUGUGUUACUAAAAAUGUCUGACACGAAUAGUUUUACUCAACUAUGUUUUUAAAAAGUAAAAACUUCGCAUUACAAAACAUUUAAUAUGCAUAUUUAAACUUGCUAAUGGAAUCUUUAAGUCUAAUGAAUGUUCUAGCAAACAUGUUAUUUGGCUAGCCUUAAAAUAAAGCUAACCAUUUAAGGAUUAUUUGUCUGAAAUGAAUUCUAAAACCUUCUGCAUAAUAUUUUAUUAUUGAAGUUGAGUCAUUUGUUUAAAAUAAAGACCCAGUCACUAGA